AUGCAGUAUCUGCUGUCAUUUUCCGCACAGGAAUUCGUCAAUUUUCGAGAGUUGGAAGUCCGUUCUCUUUUGCAAUUAAAUGACCUCGAUCAAGGCUGCAUCGCUGCUGAUGUUGACUGGAGUGAGCCAUACAUUCUGGUCAAGUGCCCAAACGAUGAAAAAGCUAAUAAACUGAUUGAGCGGAGUGUCCUCAUCAAGUCGGUCUACUCUAUCUGGGCACAGGCGAGCACUUUUGGGGAGGUGUUGGACAAGAUAGGCUCUGUACCAAAGAAACUGAUGGAGCCCUUUAUUUCCGGACCGGCCCCCAUAAAGGUCCAAGUGACCUCUGUGAAUAAAAAGACGUCACAGGAGGACCGCCUGGAUUACAUUAAACGCCUGUUAAGUACUGACAAAGAUAUUACCGCUCCGAUUUCUCUCAAGUCUCCCGAGUACGAGCUCUACCUCCUUUUCGAUUACACGCGCUCUCUAACCAAUCAAAAGGAUCAGAAGUUAAAGCAGGUCUAUUAUGGCCGCCUAGUAGGCGAGAGUUCUCGCCGUCGGCUUAUGAGCAAGUUUGAUCUCUCCAAACGCACCUACCUGGGAAAUACGACUAUGGACGUACGACUGGCCGGUAUAAUUGCAAACGCCUGCCUCGCCAGCCGUGGAGACCUGGUGUGGGACCCCUUUUUGGGCACUGGAGGCAUGGUGCUAGCGACUUCAGUCUGGGGCGCUUACGGAGCCGGGUGCGAUAUCGAUUACUCCCUGGUUCACGGCAAGGGCAGAUCACCGAAGGCCGGACAGGGUAAGCGAAUGGAGGGUGAGUGCCUGCGAGCCAACUAUCGACAGUACGGCCUCGAGCCCUACUACCUUGAUGUGAUCAUAGCGGACGCCGCCAGCCUGGGUCGUCUGCUACGGGUGCCUGAAGAGCGGCUGCUUCUCGCGACAGCGUCCCCCACAACAGCUGUUGAUGCAAAUCAGAAGCAGGGGCAAGAGCAAUCACAGGUGACAGCCGUCGGUCUCUUUGACGCCAUCAUCACGGACCCACCAUACGGAGUGCGGGAGCGUAGUUGUCGAAUCGCCGGACAAGCCGCGGAGAAAGAGCCGAGUUUGGUAACUCCGGAGUUCCUUGAAAAAAUCACGGACGGGGCACAUCAUCCUGUAGUCGUGAACCAGGACGGUCUGGUGCCCGUGACUCACGAUCUACCCCACUUUCCACACAAGGAAGUCUAUCCGCUCCAGGAGUCCUUUAGCAACCUCUUGACUAUAUCUGUCCGUCUGCUGAAACCGCAGGGACGUCUGGUCUUUUGGGUGCCGGUAGACCGAAAUACCUACAGUGGACCGGAAUCCCUCCCCUCCCAUCCCCGCCUCAAACUCGUGACUGUGUGUGAACAGGCCCUCAACAACCGGGUGUCACGUUUCCUCAUGGUGAUGGAGAAGCUACCCCCCUGUGAUGCUGACUUCGAUCUUACACGCGUGCGGUCCACUGAAACGGGCGACGUCUCCUGCGCAGAAAGCUGGGGCAAAGAUGUGGCCUUCCACCUGGACAACUUUAGAAAUGCUUAUUUCAAACCGAAGAAACUCCGGAACGGAUGA